ACACAACAACACAAUUCGAAUAUUACACAUUACAUUCCAAUUAUUAAUAAUUGAACUAACAGACACUAGACACUGGUGAAUGGUGAUUGGCAAUGGCAAACACAUCCUCCAAAUGUUGAUAUGAGAUUCUAUCAAUCUGCAUUCAUAGUAAUGCCAAUACAGAAAAUGCAUAAGCAAAUAAGUACAUAUAUACUUACUAGUUUGUGAGUAAGUGUCUUUGUUACUUUCACCCAUUUUUAAGGGAUGUAAUUUUAUUUCAUAAUUAAAAAUUUUAAUUACAGAAUAAUAAACAUGAUAACAAUGAUUCGAAACUCAUACUCAUUGGAUCUGUUUUCUUAAGUGGUUCUGUGUUUAUGAAUGUACUUCUUUUGUUAGCAACUUGUUUUGUUAUUUUUCGAUUCAAACAGAAGAGGAAAGCAAUUAUUCCACCGAAAUUCGAAGCCAUCAAGGGAAAAAGCUUAAGAAGCUUCAGUUAUGAGGAGCUAGAGAAAGCAACCAAUAAGUUCAGUGAGCAACUAGGAAGUGGUGCUUUUGGUACUGUUUUCAAAGGAGUUAUAAGCAUUAAUGGUUAUAGUAACUGUAUUGCUAUUAAGAAGUUGGACAAAAUAGACAUGGCAAGAGAAGCAUCAGGUGAGCAGGAGUUCAAGGCAGAAGUAAGUGCCAUUGGUCGUACGAAUCAUAAGAAUUUAGUUCAGCUAAUUGGGCUCUGCAAUGAAGGGCAACACCGAUUACUCGUCUAUGAAUUCAUGAACAAUGGUUCUCUAGGGAGCUUUCUUUUUGGACCAUCUCCAAGGCCAAGCUGGCACCACAGAACACAAAUUGGUUUAGACAUAGCAAUGGGGCUUUGUUACUUACAUGAAGAGUGUAGUACACAGAUCAUACAUUGUGAUAUUAAACCUCAAAACAUCCUCCUAGAUGACUCAUUUACAGCAAGAAUAUCUGAUUUUGGAUUAGCUAAGAUUUUGACAAAGAAUCAGACUCAAACAAAGACUGGAAUAAGAGGAAGCAGAGGGUAUGUUGCACCUGAAUGGUUCAAAAACUCAGGUGUGAGAGUUAAGGUUGAUGUGUAUAGCUAUGGUAUAGUGUUAUUGGAAUUGAUUUGUUGUAGGAGGAAGUUUGAAGCUAAGGUAGAAGAAGAAAAUGAAAUGAUACUGUGUGAUUGGGUUUAUGAUUGCUAUAAAGAUGGGAAAAUGGAUAUGGUUUUGGUGAAUGAUGAAGAAGCCUUGGGUGACAUGAACAGAGUAGAGAGGUUUGUAAUGGUUGCAUUGUGGUGUAUUCAAGAGAAUCCAUUGUUGAGACCCACCAUCAAAAAAGUUAUUCAUAUGCUUGAAGGAAUCAUUCAAAUUUCUAUUCCUCCCAACCCCUCUUCAUUUACUAAUUAAUGUUAAUUAAUUAUUCAACUUUUAUAGUAAUGUCGUAAC